AUACUCGCCCCAUCGUUUUUACAUGCAUCUCGUCGUAAACGUUGGCGAUCGAGUGGUCCUUUGGUGUACUGGUCAAGAUUUGAGUCAGCUUCAAGGGAAUGUUAUCCUAACCUGGGAGAAAAGCCACAAGACCAUACCAGCAGAUGAUCCACGACUGAAUACGAUAGCAAAUGGCACUUUAGAACUCAACGAUGUACAAAGAGAGGACGGGGGGAUCUACCGUUGCACUGUCAAAGCGGGAGAGUUUCAAAGUAUAAACACCACGUACCUUUUCGUCAGAGACACUUACAAACAUCCCAACCUCACUUCCAAUAAGAUGUCUCCUCUACAAACACAGAUUGAGGCCAUGUUGAGUGGUAACCACUCCAUCGACGUAACCACGGUCAUUACACAAUUUGUCACCUUGACAAGGCCUGGAAACGAGCAAAGACUCAACGCAAAAGAACUGUCUACAUCCGUGAACAUACUUGAACUACUGGUAACAUACAAUUCCCUGCAAAACAACGGGGCUUUUACCAAACCCGCUGACCGACGGAACAUCUUGGUGGCAGGGAGCAAUUUACUGGACGAAGAGAAUACUCAAACAUGGCUACAAAUACAAAGGAAUCACGAAAACGUCACCGAUGUUCUUUUAGAAACAAUGGAUGAGUUUGCCUCUCAAAUAAGCAGUCAGCUGGGCAGUUCAAUCAAUUCCACUUCAUUUGUCCUCUCAUCAAGAAACAUCGGCAUCAGAGUCGAUCGAGUUGACACAAUCCAAAUGCUCGCCGUCGAUUUCUCUCAAUAUGGGGCAUCCGUCCUGUUUCCUGGUUCAGUGUUCGCCAAUAGUCCCACAAACAUAGUAGCAGUCGUUGCCUACAAUUCACUGCACAAUUUUUUCAGACUUGAAAGAAAGGCAUCCGAUAAUGAACAGGAAAAAAGGCCAGAGACCUCGAGAAUCAUUUCCGCUAAAAUCAUCCCUCGUCCAACGAGUCCUCUGAGAGUACCAUUCAAACUGGUUUUUGAUCACAACAACAAGGGCGGUGAUUUGAUUGGACAAUGCGUCUUCUGGGAGAUCGGCCAGUCGCACCGAACGUGGCAAACACGUGGAUGCAUGCGCGUGGAUCAUGAGUCAAACGCGCGUUCAACCACGUGUGAAUGUGACCACCUGACGAUUUUUUCAGUUUUGUUGAACAACGAGCCGAUAGAUGGCGGUGAGCAGCAUCAACCUUACUUAGGGUAUAUUUCCACAACAGGCUGCGCGUGCUCUCUGCUGUUUCUUCUGCUGACCUUUGCCGUGAUCGUAUUGUACUGGAAACGAGUAAAGAGCGCCCGCACUAUAAUUUUAUUGAACCUGUGUGUAGCUAUUGCUGCCUCCUGUAUUUUUAUCAUCCUAGCUGAUCACGCACGAAGGCCUAAGGUAUUAUGCACCAUCACGGCCACAUUUCUCCAUUACUUCCUGUUGUCUGUGUUUUCGUGGAUGCUAUGUCAUGGAGUUAUCUUGUACUUCCUAAUCAUAAAAGUGGAAACUCGAGAAACUCUUGAACCAAAGAUGAAAUGGCUUUACGCAUUAGGAUGGGGCUCCCCUCUAUCAAUAGUCGCUGUUUCUCUCAUAGUUACUGGUACUGAAGUUAACGCAGCGAAUAAUUGCUGGCUGACUACGAAGCAUGGAGUCAUUUAUUGGGCGUUUGCCGCUCCAGUCGCAACAGUUAUAACUAUCAAUUCAAUCUUGUUAAUUUUCUUGCUGCGCCAAAUAAACAGAGCUGCACAAUUUAAAGCCAGCAUGUCACGUGCCAGGCCAUGCGCCAAGCAGGUGAAGGCCUGGUUACGACGAACUGCAAUGCUGCUGCCAGUCCUGGGAGUCACGUGGUUAUUUGGCUUUUUGACGUUCAUUUCCUCCACAGUUGUGUUUCAUUAUCUGUUCACCAUCUUGAACUCACUUCAGGGAUUUUUCAUAUUCGUCACUUUUUGCAUUCUAGAUGAUGCAGUUAAGGAGACGUUAAUUGGUACAUUAUGUAAGCGGAACGCCGUGUCGUCUAAAGAACAGUCAACGUUGAACUCCAAGAACGCUGUGCGAAGCAUCUCUGUCACACGAAUUCAAACAGUUCAAAAUGCAAGAACUACAGCUGCAAAUCAACACGGAGGAACAUACAACUUUUCCAGCGAUACUGAGCAAUCGAAAGUAUCAGGACCAAAAAUGCAGACAUGGAUUGUAGCUGAUAUAAAAUGAGAUGACUGAUUCUGUAAGAGAGAAAUUUAAAGAGGCCCUGCUAUCAAGGUUGCCUAUGGCGUUACCCCGUCGUUUGAUCACGGCAGCCGUUUUAGUCUUAGAUCCUGAUAAUAGGAGAAAAUGAGUGAGAAUGAUUUUUUCCCCUACGAUCAUGAUAUUAGUACUUUUUUUUUGGAACAUUUUUUUAACAUAAUUUUUGUUAUUAUGUAUUCUUAGAGCUACGAGGCUGGCUAAAACAAUCAAAUACUGAAAUAUUAGACUAGGUGACUGUAGAGUAAGGAGCCACUAAGCCCGACAAGACCUAAGGGUAAAAUGUUUGUUCCUACUCUACGCCCAGCCACUCUUAUGCAGAUAGGUUCGGCCCACGAGUCAGGACAAAGGAGCAAAACAAAAUACAGCAGAAGCGUGUGAACACUGAGAACAAUGUUCGCGCGCGGCAAAAGGCACUGGGAACGAGGCAAGCGCGCGCCAAGAUGUACUCAUUAUGACCGCACAAUCAUAAUCAUAAGAUUAACAUGUCCGACGAGUUCAGUCAUCAAACUUACAGUGGCUCACUUUUACAUAAGAUCACCUCAUAAUUGCAGGCUCCUGGGAAGUGAGGGCACCAAGUGAACUGAAAUGGCAAGUUUACAAUAACUGUGUUUACCUACUUCUUCCCUUUAGUCUUGAAAAUUAGUUACAUCAUUGGUAAGGCGGUUGUCAAUUGCUUGUUUCCUUUGUUUAUUUUCUUCCUGCUACGACGCCCUCUUCCUCAGCUUUAUCUUAUGAAAGCCAGCGUUUUCGUAUUUUUAAAGUAACCACACGGAUGAAAUUUUCCUAAGGUGCUGACAAGCAGAAUUUGUUUAACAAUCUAGAGUUUCUAUCGUUGGUGAUCAUUUUCUUUCUUCUCGUGACCUCUAUGUGUGAUUUUGUGGGGUGAUAUUGUAAGGAGAAAUUAGAUGCUGGUCACUCUCGGGGGUUAAGGGUUAAAUAAUAGUAUAAACUACAUAUCAACCACUUCAGCGAGUUUGACACGUCAAUCAGUGCAGACCAAAAAUACACGGUACCAUAUGUAGAAUUUUAUUAGUGGCUUAUUGUACCGUCAUUUGCUCUCUAAUUGUACUACAUUAAUAACUAUUUCUCUACGUAUUACUCAUGAUCUGUUUUAAUUUCAUUCAACUUCCCAAUCCUGCAGUGAAAUAACUCUAGCCUUGGUGGCAAUUAUUGUUGACAUCACUCGCCAAGCUUCUCUAGAGCAGCUAACUCAGUUAUUCAUCUGCCCUCCCAUGAAGGUUGCCUUCCUAAAUGCAUACUCAUCAGAGUGGAGCGAAACUCACAAAUCCCUGACGGUGCGAAAAAAAAAAGCACAACUGACAAAA